CCGGCACACUGUGGGAUUGCGUGUUUUAACACCUUCACCUUUUCGGGUUCCAGUGAUGUACAGAGCUUGUUCCAUCGCAUUCAGCAGCUGGAGGGUGAGCUGGAGGGUGUCCUGUCCCGAGUUGAGCCCACGCCAGAUUCGGCGUGUCGAGAUGUGACCAAUCCCGAAAAGUCGACAACAUCGGGCCCUUCAAGCACCAACCCGUCCAACGUUUCCACCGUAACAAGCGAUAGGGAGCGAAUUGCCGUUUCGAGGAGCUCCCUUUGCCCUACUGACUUGACACAAACACCCGCUAACUCCUGUGACUACCUCGCCAAGGAGUAUCUAGCGAAGGGUAGUAGGUCCGCCACUCAAUGGGGACCCAACUGGUACUUUAAUGGAAUACCUAUGUCCUCUGAAGCAGGCCGCCGAUGGGUCUCAAUAAGAACCGCCCAGGAGGUUACAUGGGCUGAUUUCAGUAUUCCCAUCAUGGAGUAUUCCCCGCCUUGGGCCCUUCAGCCAUUUUUCUCACCAGAGCUAUGCGAACUGCCUGACAAGGACGCCGCUCGAGAGAUUAUGAGUGCAUUCUUCAGAUCUAGAUUCAGACUACGCUUCCCCGUACUGGACGAAAUUCUGUUUGAGACGACGAUGGAGACCGCCUACGGACCUGCGGAUGGGCCUGUGUUCUCGCCUAUGCAAGUCUCAGCCAAGGCGUGUGUUUUGAGCGCUCUAUCCAUUGCGCCUCGCGGAAACGCGUCGAAGCAAAUAUCCCGCUCCGUGGAUGUGGACUUGUGCGCAGCCAAGGCACAAUAUCUACUAUUACACAUCUCUAAGGAUAGUAGCUUGUCGACUCUCCAGACAGCACUAGUAUUGCAAAUACAGCGUGCAUUCCAUGCCGACUGGCAAGGCGCUGCCUUCUUUCAAUCGAUUGCGUGUCGCAUAGUCUGCGCUCUAAGAGGACACCUCUACCACCCAUCAAAUCCCUUUGGCCUUGAGCGUUCCCGCUCAGAACGCGAAAAUGACCACACUCGAAUGCUGUUCUGGCUAUGCUACAUGCUCGACAAAGAUAUCUCACUUUGCACUGGCAAUCCUCCUCUUCUCACCGAUGUCUACUGCGACCUCGACCUGCCUGAUAACUAUUUUGAUCAUUAUACCUACUUACCAGGCUUGGAUACAUUCUUUGCAGGUGAUGACGAAGCCCACAGAUAUCUCACCCCUCAUCUUCCUGGAGAUCCUCGCCUUAGCCAUCUGAAGGAGAAAGUCUGUCGACAGCUCUUGUCUGCCCGGGCCUUGAAGGAUAAUGAUAACCAACUCCUUCUGAAUAUACGGCAACUGGAUGACGAGAUAGAACACUGGCGGCUAUCCAUCCCUGUCAAUUUCCGCCCUGCACUUUCUGUCUCGAAAAAUCCUAUACCAAUUGGAUCCGACGAAGGGAUUCCGUAUAUGAUCCAUCGAAUGUCUCUGCAAUUGGACUACCACUACUUAAUGACCGUCAUUCAUACGACAGUGAGAAAAUGCACUAUCGAAACCAGUGACGAGAUCCCGGAUCUGCAUAGUGUAGUUCAUUCGAGCUUCGAUUUGUCUUUGAUGGCUAGUCGCUCAACGCUGUGGUGCUUAAGAAUUCUCGUCAGCACGCUUAGGGAAGACGCGUUCCGGUUCGUAACAUUCUAUUCGUCUACCGCCGCCCUGUCACUCUUCCUCAAUAUCGUUAUUCAUCCCCUCGAUUCACAAUCACGGAUUGAUUUGGAGCUUCUUAUAUCGGCUGCCAACAUGAUACGAGACAUACCUGUGGGAGCUUUGACGCAGAGCGAGAUCGCUCGUGUCCAAGAAACUGGCAAUUUCUUAAUGAGGCUAGUGUGGCUUGGAACGUGUGCAGUGACGAAGGCGGAAAGAGAGUAA